AGUAGACCGGUAUUUUUUUAUAGUAAGGUUAUGUUUUUUUAAUAAUAAGGCGGUUAUUAUUUGUUUUGUUAAAAAAUUAAAGUUAUCAACAUGCAUGCUGAAGUGUCCUCAACUCAAACGGAGGAAUUUUACAAUAACGCAGUAAGUUAUUGGUCAGAGGUGCCGGCUACGAUCGAUGGCAUGCUUGGAGGCUUUGGUCAUAUUUCAGAAACUGAUAUUCGAAGCUCCAGAAUGUUACUGAAGCAGCUAUUUCAUUCUAAAGUACCACCGGGUAGAGAAUAUGCUUUGGAUUGUGGUGCAGGCAUCGGUAGAAUAUCAAAAUUCUUACUGACCAAUUUAUUCAACAAAGUGGACAUGGUAGAACAAAAUUCCUGUUUUCUACAAGCAGCAAAAAGUUAUUUGGGACCAAGUAUUGUUGAAAGUAAAAUUGGACAGAUGUUUUCUGAAGGUUUGCAAACUUUUGAACCGGAAUUGGGAAAGUACGAUGUUAUUUGGGUACAGUGGGUUUUAGGACAUCUAACUGAUGAUGACUUUGUUAAGUUUUUUAAAUCUUGCCAGAAAGGUUUGAAACCAAAUGGUGUUAUUGUGGCCAAAGAAAAUAUUACUUCUUCAGAUGAUAUUGAGGUUGAUGAAAAGGACUCAUCUGUAACUAGACCAUUAUCGUUGUUAAAGUUAUUAUUUGAGAAGGCAAAUUUAGAUUGUUAUAGAUUAGUUAAACAAAUUAACUUUCCUAAAGGUUUGUAUACAGUUUAUAUGUUUGUUUUAAAACCAAAGAAAUCAACUGAUGGUAGUGAUUCCUUAAAUAAAUCAAAUACUCCAGAGGAUGCAAAGAAUGCUGAAAAUUAAACUCAUAUAAGUAUUUUAUAAAUGAAUAUUUUGUGAUAAUUUAUUUAUUAUUAUUUCUUAUUUAUUAUGACGAAUUUUGUUUUUGUUAUAGUUAUUCAUUAAAGUUUUUUGUCUAUUUGUUGUAUUCACUAAAUUAUUGACAUUUUGCAAAGUUUUAUUUUGGUUAGUAAUUACUACAAGAGUAAAUUUAUCGUAAUCAGUUUACAAACUGUUCUUCAGCUGGUUCUGAUUGGAAUGAAAUACUGAUUAUAAUGCAAUAAUAGCAUAGAAAUUACAGACAGAAAUACUGUUGUUACUGGAUAUUUUGUAUGUAUUCCAUUUUUGUUAAUGUAUUUUGGUUACUGUUAUUUGACAUGAACUGUAAUUAAAUUAUUAUAAAAUAA